AUGACCACAGUCACGCCUUGUCCUACGGACGAUACCAACGAUAUCCAGGCUCAUAGUCUCGUCAGGCGAUUCACGGAGGAGAAACUGAAGCCGGAGAAAGAUAGGGAGCCUCUCGCUGAGAGCCUGGUAAACAGGGUAGAGGCUGAAAAGGGAUUGGAGCGUCUCGGGCUUGUUUUGUUCCCCGACGUAGCGACCGGCCCAAAGACGGGACCGCCGCCCCCAAGUAUCGACGUAUUUGAGGAGGUCGUGCAAUUGCAAGACGUUUCUGAACGACUUGAGAAAUCAUGGUUGGACUUUCAGGCAACACUGUCAAGAAAAGAGCCAUCACAUCAAAACAAGCAUCCAAAACCGGACAUCGGAGUACUUGCCGCGCUCGUAAGAGUAGCGCGAGAGAAGCGUGAAAAGAACCAGCAAACAACCGGGGGCAAAGCCAAAGCCCUUUUCGUGCGUGUUGUGCAGUCUAUGAAUGAGCACAAGUAUUUGUUCAAUUUGCUGCCAAGCGGAGACCGCUACGUUUCGAUCCUCACGGGGACACUGACCGUGGUUGUGAAGGCAACCACGACAUACCAGGAGACCAUGUCCAUCAUCGACGAAGGCCUCGAAGAAAUCUCCGACCAGGUCCGAGACCUCUAUGUAGCAACCAGACUGAGCCCAAGGAACGCUACAAUAAGACGGCACAUGGCCUCCUUCUAUUGCUCCCUGUUCGAAUUCCUGGCCUUGCUGAUGAAGAAAUGGUACAGCCCGGGGUGGUUCAAGCGAGCCUUGAAGAGCUUCGGCACCUCAUUCCGCGACAACGUCAAGAGCGUCGUGGCCGACUUGAAGAGAUACACCGAGAAGGUGGCAAGGGAAGAGCUUUCCAUUUUGGUCGAGCAGUCGAACAAUCUGGGAGAAAAUAUGGGAUUGUUUCUCGAGCGACAGGCAAAGCAAACGCUGUUCAUGCAGCAGAUGAUGGUGCAGGCGGAACGACGAGAGAAACUUGAGAGCCUUCGCGCGCAGCAAGCAGAAGAGAGACUCCGCAUGUUAGAACGUCGGAUUGGUAACAUGCAACUCGACGUCGCCCCGCCGACGCCUCAGAUCCCGGGCAACAGUGUGGCUUCACAAGCAUCCGUCAUCACGGACCCCGACUCUCUGCGCAUCGAAGGCUCUGCAGCCCCGAAGAGCGUUUCAUGGACUGCACGGAGCAUAAGGAGUAACGCUGCCAUACUCGCAUUCCUUUCCCAAGAGUCCACGAUAAGCCGCCUCAGCGAAGAGGCUCAUUCGAUAUUCGUAGAUCAGUCCAUCCUCCUCCGCCUCCAAGAGUGGGUCUACAAACGUUCCUCCGAAGCUCUCUGGAUCCAGGCCACCCUUUCCGAUGUCGAACCUACACCCAACACACUCAACGCGGUCUUUAUGCUGGCGAGCCUUCGCAGCUUCGAAAUUCCCGUGUUAGCCUGGUUCUGCACCUACGACUCGAGUGCCUCCUGGACUGAGGAGUUUAUCAAGCUUGUCUACUCUUUGAUCCAUCAGGCGGCCCUUCUGGUGCCAGAGCACUUGACUUCCGAAGACGCUGACGAUGCGGUGGACCUUUCGGAAGAAAGAUUCGACUGCUUGACGGGCGAGCUCAGAACGCUGCCUGAUGCACUCGCCCUACUGGAGAACUUGCUCUCGCUAGGGCCCUCGCUGAUGUUUGUCAUCAUCAGUGGCUGGCAGCUUCUUGAGAGAAGAGAGGACCCUGAGCUACAGGGUUACUUGAGACAGUUCCUAGACAUGAUCUGCCGUAUAGCCGAGAAGGCGGAUAGUCUCUCGAGGAUCCUCAAGGUUGGGUUCUUUACUGAUGGUUGGAGUGAAUCGCUGAAAGACGCCGAAGACAAAACGCUGCUAGUCGCACAAAUCCAAGACGAGGCGGGGCAGCGUGCUGGCACUAUCGGGAACGUCAAGAAUGGCAGCCCAGCUGUUGUGGUCGACAACUUCACUGCCCAUGAAAGUAGCGAGGCAGACGGGAAAGGGAGAAGUUGA